CUCCACACCACAACCAUCUGCACUUCAACAACAACCACAGCCACCAACACCAUGAGCGACUCGGAUCUCUCAUCGGUGUUGUCGUCGCCUCCUGCGAGCGACAACGAAUCGCCAGCCGCCGUCGGCCCCAUGGACAAGUUUCUGAAGAAAAAGACGACCGCAAAGAAGAAGGCCGCGCCCGCAAAGACCCCCGACAGCCCUCCACCACAAAGGAAGCGCCCGGCAUCUCCACCACACGAGGAGGUCAUCGCCGACAAUCCAGACAUAGCUUUCAUAGUCAUGUUCCGUUCCCGCUUCACCGAUGUCUUCCCUGCGAAGUGUCCUCACUUGGGGCCUCAGGAUGUUGAAAGAGGCGUUGUAGACCAAUUGCCGUCAUCGCAUAUCGAGAGUCUGUUGUGCGCGCUACUGGGACUCGCAUUGAACCGCAAGAAGCCUGUCGAAAAGGGACACUAUGGCCGAGCUCUUGAGGAGGCAGUUGCCGCCAACAAAACCCAAUGGCCGAGGUCAUGGCAGGGAGUCAACCCUGUGAGCGGCUCUAAAUCGUUCAAUACAAUGGGCCCGCAAGAGCGCCUUUCUCUGUUGAAGGCUCUCAUCAUUUGGAGCUUGAGUGAUUCGGAAGCCGUGAAGGGCAUGAUCAAAGACUCUUACAAGCAAUCCCGGCACGACGAUGAUCUCAACCAACCGCUGUCCGUUCAGCCAUGGGGUCGCGAUGCCGAGAAGCGCCGUUACUGGUUGAUUGAGGGCAAGGACGACACGAACUUCCGCCUGUACCGCGAGAGCAACCCGGCUCUGAAGCACAACACAUGGUGGAGCAUUGCGGGAUCGAUCGAUGAAUUGAAGCAGGUUGCGCAAAACUUGGCCGAUGACAACGUUCAAAGCUCGCGCAAGCUAAGUGAGCGGAUCCUUGCUGCUAUCCCUCGCUUUGAGGCAACGGAGGAGAAACGUAAGCGUCGCGAGUACCGUCUGGCUCGCAAAGCGCAGUUUGCGCGUCCCGAACCUGGCUUCUCACUCUACGAAGGCCGUACCCGUGGCAAACGCAUGAAAUACACAUUCUCGGAUGACGAAGAUGAGUUGACUGAUGCUACCUCCACUCGCCGGUCUACUCGCAACUCAGGUUACGGCACUCCUAACGAAGUAUCCGGGCCCACUGUCACCGCUAGUGGUCGCCAAGUCCGGUCGCGUGUCGGAGGCACCUACGGAGAGACCCUUCUAAGCGGCCAGGCGGGUGAGGAUCAGUCUCCCAUGACAGCUGACUAUGAGCGUUCUGGAACCGAUGAACCGCGUGCCAACGGACGUUUGACGCGCUCCGGGAGAUCUGGUGCCGGCCGCGCAGGUCGUCGCCGCACCCACAUCGACGGUUGGAACAGCGUCGAUGAAAUGGAUGAUGAGGACGAUGCGUCAGGUGGUGAAUGGGGUGGCGGUGAUGACGAUGAAGAGGAAGAGCCGCAGCUGGAUGAUGAUGAAGAGGACUUCGAUGAGGCCUCGGAUGAUGAUGAACUGGACGUGAUGCCAAAUGGCGGUCCUUUGGUCGUCAAGCUGCAUGUCGCCAAGAGUCGCCUUGCGGCCAUGAGCUUGGGCACGCAGGACAACAAGAUGGAUAUCGACAACGCUGAGGAGAACGAGUUCCACACCAACAAGAUGGAUCUCGACGCGCCGCAAGCUGCUCCCGGCGCCGAUGCCACCGUCAAGCUGCCGUCUCCACCUGCAAGCGAAAGCAAGACCGAACCACUGCUCAACGGCAAGAUGGAGACUGCGCCUGCCACGGAGACCGCCACUGCUAGUAACUUGGGCGGCAUGGCCAGUCAAUCUGCUCACACCUUUACUUUCAAUCAGCAGCCAGUAAGCACCAACCACAUGACAGGCGCCCCGCUCGAGGACGUCAAGAAGGUUGCCUCUACUGAGCAGCAUCGGGUUGCGCUUCCGACUUCUACUUAGAAGCUAUUGCUUUUCAUUCAAUUUGUUCUGGUCGGGAUAGGAUACCCUCUCUCGCUUUCUGAUUAGACCACUGGCGGAUGAUGUUUCGGACUCGAGGGAAGCUUGGCGUCACGGCGUCAUAUCUGCACAUGUUCAACUUUGAGCAGUGCCAAAUGGAAUUAUAGAUCUGUAAGCUUACGGUACUGGACGGACUCAUGUAGCAUAUUCGGAUUAGUAGCACAGGCUGAGCAAGUCUCGUUCAUUGAAUUUUUAUGUCCAGU